CUUAGGUUGGCACGGAAGACUCUCCUGAGUGCAUUCAGACAUCUGGGUGAUAAGGAUACUUUAAAUUGGGCUUACAGAGAAUACAAGAAUUGGAUGGAAACUGGCUCAACUACUGUAGGAGUGAACUUACAUCAUACCGUUCAAUGUGGAGGAGUACAAAAAGGUGGAAUUGAUGAAUGGGAAUAUGCUUGGAAUAAAUACCAGAAUACAAGCUCUCCAACGGAGAAAUCUAUUCUUCAGAAUGCCUUAGCAUGCUCACAGGACAUGGAUAUACUAAGCAUGUACCUGAUCUUUGCACUGAAUACUAGUAAGAUUCGUCAACAGGAUUCUGAUUCAGUGAUCUCAGAUGUAGCUUACCAACGAUCGGGGUCAUACUUGGCUCUUAAUUAUGUCAUUGACCAUUGGGACCAAAUUCAGAAAUCAAUUGGUACGCAACCAUUUGUGAUGGAAAAUCUCAUUACUGAUACAACCUGGUGGAUAUCUACACAGACUAAUUAUGAUUUGGUGUCUAGAUUCUUUUCUAGUGUUAAAGCUUUAACAGCUCAGCGUACCUUGAAACAGGCCCUCGAAGAUAUAUUGAUGAGAAUCACAUGGAGGAAGAAGUAUGAAAAACAAGUCUCUCUCUGGUUCAAGGAAGCCACUAAUCAAAGAUUAUAGUCAAAAUUGGAGACUAAGCAAUAGAGCUGGGGUAUAAUGUUUGUACACAUUCUGUUCCAUCUCAUGAUUAUUUUGCAUAUGAUUUUAAAAUAUCUCAGAAAUCUGGAGGGACUUCAUUACAAUGAGACAAAAAAUUUCACCAUUUUGGUUUAAUCCUUUUUGCCAUCAUCGAUGGUAGUGGUUGCUUGCACUUGUUUUAUUGAUCAUGCGACAUGCUGUGAUUUGCUAAAGCAUUGGUGACGAGCAGUCUUCUAGAAGUCCACAUUUAAGAAAACCAUAAAUAUUUGUCAGCACCACAAAAUCUAAGCUGAACAAAUUUAAUUACAUUGUCUCGGCUUAAUGAGUAAAAACAAAUUUUGGAGAUAAAUGAAGGGUAUAACUAAGAAUGAUUAGGUAUUAAACCCUAAUUUUUUACUACACAAUGUACAUUAGAUUACCAGCAACCAGGUAUUAUAUAUUUCUCAUUUGUAAGUCAGAUAGCUGAGAGAAGAAGAUAGAGAAGAAGAGGCAAGCAAACAGGAGAGAGGAAAUUGUGGUCUACAAUAUUAGUGUCAAAAUAUGAGCUUGAUACAAAAUAUGUUAGCAAGUACUUCUUUAUACUCUGAUAUUUAGGCAUUGGCUUGCCAUAAUCCAAUUAUAUAUGUAAGAUUAGCUUUAUGAAACUACCUCCACCCAUGAUUUCCUAUUUCAUCAUCUGACAUAUUUUGUUCUUAUAUUUUAGCUCCAUUAAGUGUUAUUUUUAACAAAGUGGAUAGUAUGCUGAUAAUUUAACUUAAGUAAUUCCAGAAUUAACAAAAACUUUAACAUAUUGAUCUAACUUCUUCAAUUUUCUUGAAAGAGACAAUGAAUCAAAUAAUUUAUUGAAAUGGUACACACAUAUUAUUGUUUCUUCUUAUUUCAUAUUGCAUUUUUUACGUCUUUUCCCUGCUGGGUUUAAAUAAUUUGUACUUGAGUAACUGACACUCCUUAACAGCAUGGUUCAAGUUAACAUGUGGUUAACUGUACCAUUUAUAAUAUCAGAUAUAAGAUUGCUCUUAGCAUCAUCAGUAAGGUGUAUUGUCAAUUACAAGAUUAUUUAAUCAUAACAAGGAAAGAAAGAAUUUCCCUGUUUCCAAAAUCACAUAACUUUAUAACAAAAUUGAUUUUGUAAUAAUUGUAUUCAAGUUAACAUGUGGUUAACUGAACCAUUGAUAAUAUCAGAUAUAAGAUUGCUCUUGGCAUCAUCAGUAAGGUGUAUUGUCAAUUGCAAGAUUAUUUAAUCAUAACAAGGAAAAGAAGAAAUUCCCCGUUUGCAAAUCACACAACUUUGUAACAAAAUUGAUUUUGAAAUGAUAAUUGUAUUGAAUAACUUUGUUGUGGAAAAAAAACUGGCAAUUUAUGCAUGGGGAAUCACACUUAUGGACAAGCAUGCAACUUAAAAAAAAAUCCAAAGGUCAUGUAGAAAUAUUAGUGAUUUGAUGAAUGUUAAGGCACUCUUAAUGUAUCAUCUAUCCUUUGACCCUCUCACACUUCUCCUGCCGGCCACUAUUAAUAUUUUUUUUCUACAGUUCAGUAAGCUCAAUUUGAAAAUAUCAUAUCUUUUCCUCACUUUGAGAUUCCAUUCAAUUAACGGUUAGAAUUUAAAGUAGCUAUUUCUGAGCAAAAGAUUGUAAUAAAUGAAAAUGGUAUUUACUGUUAGUUUGGCAUAAGAAUUGAACUUUGUGAGUAUUUAAAGGCUAACAUUGGCUUUUAGCCCUAGCUCAUCCACGCCUGCCUCUAGAGAUUAAUAGGAUUUUCACAGAGAAGUUAUUCAAUGAGUGCACAUAUCCUAACAAAUUAUUUUAGUCAAGCCAUUUUUGUUUUUUAAAAGUUAUGGCAAAGUGAAAAAGGGUGGAGUUACUUUUUAGUUUUUUUUAAGUGCAAAGUCCACAUAGUGGAUAUUCUCUCUGAUUACCAUUUUAUUGCCAUUAAGGUAGAAGAAAACUCAUCUAAUGACACCUAGGCCCCCAAAUAUACCCCAUUCAAUAAGGUGUCAUUAAAGUUUGAAACUUGAUUUGAUUGAUGAUGUGGAUUGUGGAUUCAUUUUGCCAAGGCGAUGAAUGAUAUUGAUAAUGCUGCCUUGUUUUUAUGAUAAAUGUACAAUCAAUCCUGUCCUCUCAACUUGUUUACUGUAUGAAACAUAUCUCAUUACAUCCUAUCAAACAAGAAGCAUUUUUACAGGUUAAUCUGGUUCACCUGUAGGGUGCUGGAACCCUGCAACCACAUACAUGAUAGUAAGACAGAUUAGUUAGCGAGUCUUUACAUGAUCAUGUAUGGUUAAUUACAGCUAUGUUAUUUCUAAGUUUGUUGUAUUACUUAAGACCAGUAGUCAUUGUCAGUUGAAAUAAUAGUUUUUCAUCCAACUACGGUAUAAACUUUUCUUAUACAUUCCCACAUUUCAUGCUAAUAAGUAACUUCUUUCGAAGGAAAUUCAUACAUUCCAUAUGAUAACCAUUUGUUUUAUCUAUUUUUAUUUAUUUAUUAUUAUUUUAUUUUGUUUAAUUUUUUUUAUUAUCACAACAAGGGUAUCUAUAGCAGCUGGAAAGCCGAUUUGCAUAACCCUUUACAAAAAUUUACAUUAAGAUACAUUCAACAUCAAAUAAAAAAACUCAAAUUACAUGAAUUCUACAUCAUAACAAACAACAAAACUCAUAGAAAUGUUGUUUAUCAUGUUGGGGACGUAUGUGUUGAAUUAUGACAUGCGGCCAAAUAACAUAAAAACAUUGAGUUCUGACUAACCAGAAAGUAUCACGGAAGGGAAGGGAAAAAAAGAAAUGUGAGACUUAGAAAGAGAAGAAGAGAGAAGGAGGAGGAAGGGUGGGAAGAUCGGGGACAAGAGAGAGAGAGUGUGUGUGUGUGAGUGUAACAAUAAACGUUUCUACUAUCAUACCUUGAUCCUGGAAGAUUUGAAUGGAUCAGUAUAAGGUGUACAUUAUUGGAGUUAAGCGGCUGCUAUGAAAUGAAGCAUAGAAUACAUAAAGACGCUCAUAAUAUCAUGAUAUGAAUUAACAUAAAUACUGAUAGUACAUGCAUUUAGAGAUAAAAUUGUAUUUUAAAGUUGUAACAAAUACUAACAGAUUAAUGGCAAGAUUUUUUUUUUUCCAGUAUUAACAUGAUUCAAAGAAUGAAAAGAUGAGUUCAUCAUCAUAAGUUUUUUACACAGAGCAAAGGAAAGGGAGAAGAAAAGACAAUAGAAUAGGAAUUAGAAAAAGAGAGAUAUUGAGCGAAAGUCAAAGAGAGAGAGAGAGAAUAGGUAGAAGGAGAAAAGUAAAGAGAUGAACCGAGGAAGGAAAAAAAGAAAGUGGGCUUAAAGAGAGAUUGGGAGUCACGACAGAGGGAUGUGCUAAUUAUUAUUUGAUUGCACUUCCUAAUAAAAUUUGACAUUUACUAAACGGCAUUUUUUAAACAGUAUAUUCUGGGGGGUAUUACUUAUAGAAUGCUUUGAUUUUUAUAAAAUAUUGCAUUGUGGGUCGUUUCCAGCAUACUGGGGAUGAGAACAGAUGAAGUGUCUGCACACUUUAUAAACAAUUUAUUUUUCUUUUCUUCCCUAUCCGAUCCUCCCUUUUCACAUCCCUCCCUCUUUCUAUAUCUGUCACUUUUAUUCCUUCCCUCAUUUUCACUCUGUCUAUUUGACUUUGUGAAUACAACUAUUUCCUUUUAGAGGAGAUAUUCCUUAUAGAAAUAGUAGAUUUUAAGAGCAUAAAUCUAUUAGAUCAAAUCUUGUUCAAAUUUAUUCAAAAUUGAAUAAACAAAAUUUCAAAAAUAUUUAAUUGUCAUAGGUUGAAUUCUUAUGUGUAAAGUAAUAACUGCUUUCACAGCUUGCUUUAUAAACAUAUAUUUGAUUUUUUUUUUCACAAAUGAAAAAAGUGUGCAAUUAUAUGUUCCAUAGCUUACAGUAUAAAGUUUAAUCUUUUAUUUAAUUUCAUUAUUUUUUCAGAAAUGUAUGAAGAAUAAAGGAUAUCAUGUAAUUCCUUUGCAUUUAUCAUGUACAUGACCACAUUAUGUUGCUACUUCAGAGCAUAUUACUCUGCAUAAAAAACAAAUUACAAGUAUGAAUACAAAGGCAAAUCUAAACGAAAAUUAUAUUUUUAAGAAUAUCAUUGCAGAAAAUUAAUUGAGUGCAUUACAUCAUGAUUAUUAUAAUUCAUACUCUUUUGAAAGGAAAUAGUUCCUGUCAUUGUCCGAUUUGAUCACAUUAUUAGUCAAUGAAUGAGAGGGCUUUUACAUGUAGCAAGCAUUGCAUGUAUGUUGAUUUUGCUUGAAAUCUUAAUCUAAAAAUGUUCUGAUGUGCUGUUUUUGGUUUUCUUUUUGUAUAUGGUAAUGCAUAAAACUAGCAUUCAUUUUCUAUUGUGUAUGUUGGCACAUGAGACUAAAGAAGCCAAGAUGCUUCUUAGACAAAAUAUUAAAUUUAUUACUUUUUGGGGGGGAGGGAGUAACACAGAAAAAAUAUAUAUUCUCAAAUCUAAAGUUAUUGAAUUUACUUUUGAACUAGUCUUGGAAUUUGUAAAUCAUGUGAAAAAAGGGAGCUGUAUAUUCUCAAACCAGUCACGUUUGUUUUCUGCUGUCUUCUUGGUAUGAGAGGUAAUACAUGCUGUACAUGGCUUGUGGUGUUUAAUCAACUAUUUAGUGAUACAAGUUUUAAUAGAGCCAUAUUUUUUUCAUCAAUUCUCUGUUGUAAUUUUUUAUAUCAAUUCUUUUUGUAUUCUGUCAAAUUGGUUGUAAAUCCUUUUGAAUUUAGGUUAAGAUUUGAUAGGUAUACAGUAUAUCAAUUUUUUUAAUGGAAUAUCAUUGGAUUGGCAGUAUACUUCUCUUCCAAAGAGAAAAAAGUUGAAAAUGUGGUUUUGUAGUAGUGCUGAGUAGUGUAGAUAUGAUACAUGGAUUUUGAAUAGCACAAUAUUCUCUUGUGAUUUGUUAGGUGUACCAUAGGAGCUUAUUGAGGGUUCUUAAGGAUUUCUAGAUCUUAUGGUGAGUGAAGAAGUUUGUAUACCAUUUAAUGUUUGAAUUGUAGUAAAGUAUUGUUUGAAAUAUAGACUGCACAUUGUUGUUUGAAAAUAAGUCAGAUGUGGAUUGUUUACAUACAUGAUGAACAAAACUGUUUCUUUGUAUUUUAUGUUACCUGUACUUUGUUAUAUUUGCUGAAUAUUUUGCAAUUUUUCUUUUCUUACAUUAACUUAAUAUAGAACAGGGUAUAUAAUUAUAGUUCUAAAGUAGGUUUAUAUUGCCUUUUUUGUGUUACAUUAUUUUUAGUACUCAUCUUGCCAUUCAUUUGAGUCCAGUACUUAAAAAAGAGAAGAUGAGAAGGUAGUAAAGAAUGUAAAAGACAAAUGAUAAGAGCUGAAUAAUUGACACCACGGAUGAGAAACUAACACUGAUUGAUUACAGUAUUUUAAUACAAUUGUUCAGUAAUGAGAUGUAAAUUUGGGGAAUAUCAAGUAAUUUUACAGUCCAGUACUUAGAGAAAGUAAGAGGUAUAAGUGAUAGAAAAAGAUAGAUAAAAACUCAUUGUAAAAGAUUAAUGUUAAAGUGACUUCAGAUCAAGUGAGAAAGGAUUAUAAAAGGAGAUUGUUUUAAGUUUAAAAUGAGAAAUAAGACAAGCUUUUUUGCAUUUCUCCAGAUAUCUUGAUUUAUCACUAGAUAGUUGGUACUACUAUUAAAUGUUUAUAUGCAUUUAAUUUAUAGACAAAGUUUAAGAAUAGAUUUUCAUUUUAAGAAGAUGUUUAUGGCGUUAUUUUUCCAAAAUAUGUGUGGAUAUUAAAACUGAAAAUGAAAA